AUGUGGACACUUACGGCCCUCCUGCUUCUGGUUCCAGGCAGUGGGAAAGCUGCUACUCUGGAGAAGCCCGUACUGUCUCUACACCCACCUUGGACCACUAUCUUCAAGGGGGAGCGAGUAACCCUGAGAUGUGAUGGGUACCACCCUCUGCUGUUGGAACUCCGGGCCAUUAGCACUCUCUGGUACUUGGGCCAUGUCCUUCUGCCUUCCCACAAGAAGAGCAUUGAGGUGCAAGCACCAGGGGUGUACCGAUGUCAGACACGAGGAGCACCAGUCAGUGAUCCCAUCCACCUCUCUGUGUCUAAUGACUGGCUAAUUCUGCAAGUGCCGUAUGCUGCGGUGUUCGAGGGAGAACCCCUGGUGAUGCGAUGCCGUGGCUGGUACGACAAAGUCGUCUACAAGCUUCACUACUACCACGAUGGCCAGGCUGUGAGAUACUUCCAUUCCAGCACCAACUACACGGUGUUGCAGGCGCGAGCCAGUGACAGCGGUCACUACCAGUGCUCAGGCACCAUGCGCAUCCCAGUGGAGAGUGCGCCCAUGUUCUCCUCCAAGGUGGCCGUGACCGUGCAAGAGCUGUUCCAGACGCCGGUGCUGAGAACGCUGAGCCCGCAGGAGGCGCGGGGCCGCGUGGUGCUGCGCUGCGAGACGCGCCUGCACCCGCAGAAGCGCGACACGCCGCUGCAGUUCGCCUUCUACAAGUACAGCCGGCCUGUGCGCCGCUUCGACUGGGGCGCCGAGUACACAGUCCCCGAGCCCGAGGUCGAGGAGCUCGAAUCCUAUUGGUGUGAGGCUGCCACCACCACCCGGAGUGUCCGGAAACGCAGCCCCUGGCUGCAGCUCCCGGGAAGGGGAUCUGUCCUGGAUCUGGCGUCCACCACCGCACCAGCCCCACAGGCUGCAGCCUUGGCGCCCGGGGACAAGCCACUUUCCUUCCGGAAGACCCCAGUGUCGAGAUCCGUCCCAUCAGUCACUUCCGUCCCAAACAGCACGUUUACAGGGCUGCAGUUCCCCGAGGGCCACGCCCCCACCGCCGGGCCACAUGCCUGCGUGCCUCUGCCCACGUCCGCGGAUCUGUCGCGCGAAGCUCUGCAGCCCAAAGUGGACCUUCUGCUUCGCGAGAUGCAGCUGCUCAAAGGCCUUCUCAGCCGCGUGGUCCUGGGAUUAAAGGACCCACAGGCCCUCCGCGAGCUUACAGAGACCCCUGAGACACCCAAUUCUCUUACUGUGAACCCCGCAACCCCAGAGACCACAGUCGUGGAGAGCCAAGAGGACAGCUAGGCUAGUGUCUUCUCUUCAGGAUGGUUCCUCCCGAUCCUUCCCUGCGCUAUCUAGCUUGUUUGCAAAUCUGAGCCGAGGCCGUUAGUGUUUCCUUGCGUUGCUGUGUUUUUGGUUGGUUUGCUGUUUUUU